AUGGCUCUCUGGCUUCAUGAGCACGAAAACUAUCUUCUUGAGUUUAUCAGACUCGAAGGACGUGGGGACUACGCAUCCAGGGAAACUUGCCAAGGGCACAGCGAAUGUGAAUCUGAGCCUGGAUAUCGUUGCCGGGAUUGUUUUGGGACAGAGCUCUACUGUCAAGAGUGUAUCGUCAACAGGCACCGUGAAAACCCUUUGCACAAGAUCGAAUUCUGGAAUGGUUCUUUCUUUGAGGAUACCACACCCAAGUAUCUUGGACUCCGUGUCCAGCUUGGCCACCCGGUUGGUGAGCGAUGUUUCAACCAUUCAUGUGCCUAUGAUGAUGAUUUUAUCAUUCUUGACAUUAAUGGUAUCCACAAACUCGCCUUAGAUUUUUGUGCAUGUGAGAGUGCACUAAGUCACAUUAACCAAAUCCUGCAAGCUCGCUGGUAUCCUGCGACCAGCAUAGAUCCUAAAUCAGCGGCGACGUUCCAUCUUCUAGAGCAUUUCCACAUGCUUACGUUCGAGUCCAAAGCCUCUGCCUUCGAAUAUUGGCAAACCCUGGCGCGUCUUACCGAUAAUACAGGCAUCAAGCCAUGCAAGGAUUGUUAUGACAGUCUUUUGCGCAUGAUCAAACAAUGGCGUCAUGAUCCUGCUGGCAUCAAUGCAACUGAACAGGGCUCAUGUGCUGUGGUUUGUCCUGCAUGCCCCCACCCAGGCAAGAACUUACCAGAAGACUGGAAAGCAGCACUUCCGGACAAACGGUGGCUGUAUGCACAAUUUCUGGCCAUUGAUGCAAAUUUCCGCUUGGCACGCAAGAAUGUUUCCUCAGACAGGAUUGACCCUGGUUUGAGUAGAGGAUGGGCUUAUUUCGUCGAUGAGACUGGAUCCAAAGGAUUCCUGACCAAUGUUGGAAUGGUACCACAAGAGAAAAGCACGUGCGCUAGUCACAAUGCCGUGAAUCUUGCUGAAACGAAGAACUCGCGAGGAUUGGCUGCAACUGGAGCUGGGACUGUGGAUUGUUCUUGUCACAACUUCAAGCGGCUGUGUGGAGUGGGUGACCUUCAGAAGGGCGAAAAGUAUAUCAAUAUGGAUUACCUAUUCUUCUCGACCACGCAACAUUCUGAAGAUAUCGUUGUAUUGAAUGUUUCUUAUGAUAUCACUUGCCAGUGGAGCAAAAACCUAUGGGGCCGGAUGUCGAAAUACCCAUCACGCAUGCACUUUGCGCAUGACGGUAAAAUCAUGACCUUUCUUGUUCCAAAAUUCCACUUGCCCGCCCACAUCACUGCAUGUCAGAUAACAUUUUCACACAAUUUCACCAAGGGAAUGGGGCGCACUACACGAGAGAUGGGUCCUGGGGCUCGUCGCGAUACACUGGAUGAUCAUUUUGGUGACUACAAUUGGAAGAAGGUUACGAACUUCGAUUUUGAUGACUUUCACCUUACACUCAUGGAAGAACGACCAGGUGAGGUGGCGCAGUGGAAAGAAGUUAUUGAGAACUGGGAGGGCAAUGCUUCCAACAAAAACCCCAUCGAAAUAACGACCAUCACCUUGACGCAGGCUGCUAUGCGCCUUAGACUCUCUCAACAGGAAGCCGAAGACCUUGAAAAAGGUUUCAACAAUUCACUACACAUGGAGGUGUCACCCAGCAUACUCAUUUCAUCGGGAAUGGACCUUGAGGAACAACAAUUUCGCCUGCAGCAAGAUUAUAACGCUCUGAGUGGCCAUCCGACAGACUUGCAGCUGACAAAGCUACAAGAGCGUUCAAAUGCACUGCUGCGCAAGAUAGAGCAGUGGUGCAAUGUCCAACUGCUCUACAUGCCCGCCGUCGGCCGCCUGCGAGCAUCUGAAAUGGCAGAAGCACAGUCAGCUCGCGAGGAGAAGGCCUAUGAAAUCAAACUUUGGCUACCAUCAAAGCUGAAGGAGGCAGCUGAGAUAUUGUGUGACACAGCUUUGACACCUACAUUCACUGGGCAACGGGCCAAUACCAGGGCAUCUGCUGUGCUUGGAAAAGUGGAGCAGACCAUCAGGACAGCUGCUGCUUGGUAUCGCAGGGCCUGGGCGGCAGUCAAGACACUGUCAGCAGUCCUGGACAAACUGAACUGGGAGGUAGAAUUGCCCGAGUUGCUGGCGGCUGAUGUUCGCGGGAUGUCAGAGGGAGAUAUUAGCCAAUCUGAAGGUAACCGCACACUUUUGUGGAUCUGGAAGGCUCGUGGGGUGGCUGCAAUGGGAGAAGAUGGCGAGGCUGUUUUAUCAGAAGCAUUGCAUAUUGAAUGGUGCAAAUCGAGAGUGCGAGCCAAUCGUUGGGCUGAAGAAGUCGAGCUCCUGCAAGAGGAGAUGCAGCAUGUAGCAAGCUUUCUUUCGUGGCACGCAGGGUGGUGGGAGGAGCAGGCAAAUCGGAGGACUGUCCUACCCGCACCUGAACAGGAAGGGAUCCAGGGAUAUGCAAAAUGCCAGGCCGCUCUUUGA